AUGGCCAGCCCACCACGAAGAGAAAAAGUCAGCGCCGAAGAAAAAAAAGCCAAAGACAAGGUCCGCAAAUCCGGCAGGAGCGCCGAGGGGAAAAUCAUCCAGUUGGGCGAAACGUCCCAGGUGUUUUCCACCGUCGUCUACUUCAACCCGACAUAUGAGCGGCUGGAAGGGGCCGUGUACGUCCCCGAAGGCCAAUACAUGCCGGACGUGAAUGGAUUUUUGGUCGAGCUGCUGAAAGACUCGCGUGACAAGGGACCGGGGCACGGCCCACGGCGGGCCCAGACAGACCGUCAGCUGCGCCAGCCGUCCAGGGCCACCGUACGCAGCGAAGGUGAUGUGCGGACUAGCAGCAGUGAGGUCGGCGCGGCUGCAGAGGAAACAGCUCAUGAGAACACGGCCGUGUCGCAGGCUCACGACAACAGCGUCGGCAUCAAUGGCGCCGGUUGCGCUGGUGAGGCGGCCAUCGGCCACUUCGGGACACCAUAUGCAGCCAGGCGGGGGGAGAGGAGAACCGAGGAUUGGCCCCAGGUUGACCGGCGCAUGGCCGACGACUCGGCCCUCCGAAAUGCUGGCCGAUGUGUCAUCAAGCAAGAGAUGCUCGAUGGUGCUGUCGCUGAUGGUAUCCGUCGGGCGGAUACGUCGGUUGGCAUGUCUGGCAUGUCCGGCAUCAGGUCGCACAGCGUUUCCGAAAUGGCGGAGGCCGGGCGCAAGGUGGAGAACGGGCGGUCCGGAGACGUCUCCGAGUGGGAGACGGUUUAUGCGCAAGACACAAGAGCUCCGACGGUACCGGCGACGAGAGCGGCGCGCGCCGGCCUCUCCAGGACGCAAGCGGCCAGGGUACAACGCUUUCUGCAGCAGGUGUCUCUGCACAUGCGGCUUGUGUCCCGCCAGGAACGACUCCUGCCGUACCGGAUGGCGGAGUUCGUCACAGCGAAACCGUAG